CGCUUGCGGGUCCCCGCGGGGCGAUGGGUUGAUGGGCUUGGGGGGACGCAGGAUGCGGAGGGCGUCCGCGAGCCUCCCGUUGCCGUUGCUGCUGUUGCUGCUCCUGGCGCCCGAGGCUGGGGGUGCUCCCGGCUGCCCCGUCCCCAUCCGCAGUUGCAAGUGCUCUGGGGAGCGGCCCAAGGGACUGGGCAGCGGCGCCCCCAACCUGGCGCGCAGAAGGGUGGUGUGCGGUGGCGGAGACCUCCCGGAGCCUCCCGAGCCCAGCCUGCUGCCCAACGGCACCGUUACCCUGCUCUUAAGUAACAACAAGAUCACUGUGCUCCGCAAUGGCUCCUUCCUGGGACUGUCUCUCCUGGAAAAGCUGGACCUGAGGAACAAUGUCAUCAGUACGGUGCAGCCUGGAGCCUUCUUGGGCCUGGGGGAACUGAAGCGCUUAGAUCUCUCCAACAACCGGAUUGGCUGUCUCACCUCCGAGACCUUCCAAGGCCUCCCCAGGCUUCUGAGACUAAAUAUAUCUGGAAACAUCUUCUCCAGUCUGCAACCUGGGGUCUUUGAUGAACUACCAGCCCUUAAAGUGGUGGACUUUGGCACUGAGUUCCUGACCUGUGACUGUCACCUGCGCUGGCUGCUUCCCUGGGCUCGGAAUCACUCCCUGCAGCUGUCAGAGCACACGCUCUGUGCCUACCCCAGCUCCCUGCAUGCCCAGGCCCUGGGUAGCCUUCAGGAGUCCCAGCUGUGCUGUGAGGGGGCGCUGGAGCUGCACACACACCAUCUCAUUCCAUCCCUGCGACAAGUGGUGUUCCAAGGUGACCGGCUGCCCUUCCAGUGCUCUGCCAGCUACCUGGGCAAUGACACACGCAUUCGCUGGUACCACAAUCGGGCUCCAGUGCAGGGGGAUGAGCAGGCAGGCAUCGUCCUAGCCCAGAGCCUUAUCCAUGACUGCACCUUCAUCACCAGCGAGCUGACCUUGUCUCACAUCAGCGUCUGGGCCUCAGGAGAAUGGGAAUGCUUGGUAUCCACGGCCCAGGGCAACACCAGCAAGAAGGUGGAGAUUGUGGUGCUGGAGACCUCCGCCUCCUACUGCCCAGCUGAGCGUGUGGCCAACAACCGCGGGGACUUCAGGUGGCCUCGAACUCUAGCUGGUAUUACAGCCUACCAGUCCUGCCUACAGUAUCCCUUCACCUCAGUGCCCCUGAGUGGGGGUGCCCCAGGUACCCGAGCCUCUCGCCGGUGUGACCGAGCUGGCCGUUGGGAGCCGGGGGACUACUCCCAUUGUUUGUACACCAAUGACAUCACCCGAGUGCUCUACACCUUUGUGCUGAUGCCCAUCAAUGCCUCCAAUGCACUAACCCUGGCCCACCAACUGAGAGUAUACACAGCUGAGGCUGCCAGCUUUUCAGACAUGAUGGAUGUGGUCUAUGUGGCUCAGAUGAUUCAGAAAUUUUUGGGUUACGUAGACCAAAUCAAAGAGCUGGUAGAGGUGAUGGUGGACAUGGCCAGCAACCUGAUGCUGGUGGACGAGCACCUGCUCUGGCUGGCCCAGCGUGAAGACAAGGCCUGCAGUGGCAUUGUGGGUGCCCUGGAGCGCAUUGGGAGUGCUGCUCUCAGCCCCCAUGCUCAGCACAUCUCUGUGAACUCGAGAAAUGUGGCCCUAGAGGCCUACCUCAUCAAGCCACACAGCUAUGUGGGCCUGACCUGCACAGCCUUCCAGAGGAAGGAGGCAGGCAUGUCAGGCGUACAGCUGGGCAGCCCUGGCCAGAAUGCCCCACCUGAGCCUGAGCCCCCAGCUGACCAGCAGCUGCGCUUCCGCUGCACCACGGGGAGACCCAACAUUUCUCUGUCAUCUUUCCACAUCAAGAACAGUGUGGCCCUGGGUUCCAUCCAGCUGCCCCCCAGCCUAUUCUCAUCCCUUCCGGCUGCCCUGGCUCCCCCAGUUCCCCCAGACUGCACCCUGCAACUGCUUGUCUUCCGAAAUGGCCGCCUCUUCCGAAGCCAUGGCAACACCUCUCGCCCCGGAGCCACUGGGCCUGGCAAGAGGCGCGGAGUGGCCACACCUGUGAUCUUUGCAGGAACCAGUGGCUGUGGCGUGGGAAACCUGACAGAGCCAGUGGCUGUUUCAUUGCGGCACUGGGCCGAGGGGGCUGACCCCAUGGCAGCCUGGUGGAGCCAGGAGGGAUCUGGGGGCUGGAGUUCUGAAGGCUGCCAGCUCCGCUCCAGCCAGCCCAAUGUCAGCUCCCUGCACUGCCAGCACUUGGGCAACAUGGCUGUGCUCAUGGAGCUGAACGCUUUCCCCAGGGAAGCAGGGGGCUCUGGGGCCAGCCUGCAUCCUGUGGUUUAUCCCUGCACCGCCCUGCUGCUGCUCUGCCUCUUCUCCACCAUCAUCACCUACAUUCUCAACCACAGCUCCAUCCACGUGUCCCGGAAGGGCUGGCACAUGCUGCUGAACCUAUGUUUCCACAUGGCCAUGACCUCUGCUGUCUUUGCGGGGGGCAUCACACUUACCAACUACCAGAUGGUCUGCCAGGCGGUGGGCAUUACUCUGCACUACUCUUCCUUGUCCACACUGCUGUGGAUGGGGGUGAAGGCUCGAGUCCUGCACAAGGAGCUGACCUGGAGGGUACCUCCUCCGCAAGAAGGGGACUCCACCCUGCCUGCUCCCCGCCCCAUGCUCCGGUUUUAUUUGAUCGCUGGAGGAAUCCCACUCAUCAUCUGUGGCAUCACAGCUGCUGUCAAUAUCCACAACUACCGAGACCACAGUCCCUACUGCUGGCUGGUGUGGCGGCCGAGCCUGGGUGCCUUCUACAUCCCGGUGGCUUUGAUUCUGCUGAUCACCUGGAUCUACUUUCUGUGUGCUGGGCUGCACCUACGCGGUCCUCUGGCACAGAGCCCGAAGCGGGGCAACAGCCGGCUCUCCUUGGAGCCGGGGGAGGAGCCGAGAGGUCCCACCAGGCUCAGGAGCAGCGGCGCCCUGCUGAGUGACUCGGGUUCUCUCCUGGCUGCGGGGAGCGCUGGAGUGGUGACUCCCGGGCCCCCAGAGGACGGCGACAGCCUCUAUUCCCCAGGGGUCCAACUGGGGGCGCUGAUGACCACGCAUUUCCUGUACCUGGCUAUGUGGGCCUGCGGGGCCCUGGCCGUGUCCCAGCGCUGGCUGCCCCGCGUGGUGUGCAGCUGUCUGUACGGGGUGGCGGCCUCCGCGCUGGGUCUCUUCGUCUUCACGCAUCACUGUGCCAGGCGCAGGGACGUGAGGGCCUCCUGGCGCGCCUGCUGUCCCCCGGCCUCAGCCUCGGGCUCGCACGCCCCGGGCCGGGCCCUGCCCACCGCCCACGAGGACGGCUCCCCAGUGUUGGGGGACGGGCCGGCUUCCCUCAAGUCCUCCCCGAGCGGCAGCGGAGGCCCUACGCCGGCGCCGGGUCCCUGCAAACUCACCAACCUGCAGCUGGCUCAGAGUCAGGGGUGCGACGCGGGGCUGGUGGCCCGCGGCGCGGUGGAGCCGGAGCCCCCCGGCCCGCGGGGGAGCCUGGCUCCCCGA